AUGGACAAUACUAGAAUGGGCUCAUUUCUGGAGUAUGCAAUUUGUAACCGUGGGACUAGCGCCUACUCACCCAGAGGAUACCAUCAUUUGGACCAAGGGACACCUUCCUUUCCAGCCUGUCCAGGCACAACUGACAUUUAUAACGGUGAUGGAAGAUUUAUGGUAGGAGGAACUGGUGCUAUUCCAAACCAUCUCCAUCAGCAGAGUCACAACUAUCAUCAUCACCAUCCCUCUAGCGCUACUCUCCCUUACACCAAUUCCAUACCAACCUACACUCCACAGUCCUGCAGUCAAAGUUAUGGGCACCAGGUCUAUAUGGGCCAAGAGCCAGAUGGAGUCUACUUUCCACAGUCCCAAUAUACUGCCAACACAGGUUCCAACACCGGCCCUUUGACUGAAGGUUACUGUGGAGGAGUGGCAGGCUCCACUCAUUAUCACCAGCAUCCAUAUGGGCAAGAGCAUCAAGGGUUGUUGCAAUCAUAUAACCACCAACCCCAAGCACUCCAUGAGGAAAAGGACUUCUCCUGCCAAACUGAACAGCAAGCCUCCAACACGUUUGACUGGAUGAAAGUGAAGAGAAACCCACCAAAAACCACUAAAUCAGCAGACUAUGGUUUAAGCACCCAGCAGAACAGCAUCAGAACCAAUUUCACCACCAAGCAGCUGACCGAACUGGAAAAGGAGUUCCACUUUAACAAGUACCUGACCAGAGCCAGGCGGGUGGAGAUAGCGGCCACUCUGGAACUCAACGAAACCCAGGUGAAGAUCUGGUUCCAGAACCGAAGGAUGAAGCAGAAGAAGAGAGAGAAGGAAGGUCUGGCCCCUUGUAUCAUACAGGGGUCACUAAAGGAGGGCAGUGAGGUAUCAGACCUUUCUAGUUCCACUUCACCUGACGCCUCUCCAAACUCAGUAUAG